CGCAAUCUUCGUAGGAUAAACGUAUAUUUUCAGCAAAAAACGUUAAAUAUCUGCACUUAAGCGGUAUCAGCAGACGAUCGGAACAAAGCCAACGACUUUACCAACCUAUUUGUGCAACAACCGGGCGUUGGAAAACGUAGGAUUGGUGGAGAUUUCUAGAAAACGUAUCCAAAGAAGGCACAACGCUUCGUGGAAGAUUGACCGCUUCCAAGUAGCGAUAACAGUGACCCAACGCAGCAACAUACCACGAUGGCAAAGGUGCACAUAACCAACGUUGUGGUGCUGGACAAUCCUAGCAGCUUCCUGAACCCGUUCCAGUUCGAGCUUACGUUCGAGUGCAUCGAAGAGCUGAAGGAGGACCUGGAAUGGAAGAUGAUCUACGUAGGAUCUGCCGAAUCGGAAGCGUUCGAUCAGGUUCUGGACACCAUCUACGUCGGCCCGGUACCGGAAGGUCGGCACAUCUUUGUGUUCCAGGCAGACCCCCCGAACGUAAGCCGCAUCCCGGAGCAGGAUGCGGUCGGUGUAACGGUGGUGUUGCUGACCUGCUCCUACCGUGGGCAAGAGUUUGUCCGUGUCGGCUAUUUCAUCAACAACGAGUACUCCGACCCGGAGCUGCGUGAGAACCCGCCUCCGAAACCACUGUUUCAUAAAAUGACCCGCAACAUCCUGGCGUCAAAGCCGCGCGUUACCCGCUUCAAGAUUAACUGGGAUGACGCACCGGCGAACGGAGUGGCCGGCGGACCCUCGAACGGGCUGAUGGACGGUGAGGAGGUACCGGCUGAUGAGAUGACGACGAACGGUGGCACCGAUGAUCACCAGAUGGAUGCCGGGUCAGAAAGCAACUCGCUCCACCCGCCGGAACUGGUGCACGACGAGAACAGCAUCGCUAUGCCACCGACGGAAAUGCCUGAAUUCAACGAAAACUCCAACUCGCUCGCGAUGGAAUGCUGAACGGCAGGGAACUUUGGGAAGAAAAUGGGGGAAGGUGCCGUCAUCUUAGUAAGCGUUAACUCACAGGAGUUUUGGGGAGGAAUCGAGUUUCUUCCUCAAAUCGCGUAUCUCGGAGUUGUAGACUAGUUAACAAUUAUUUCAUUUAAGACACGUAAAUUAUCGUUUCUUUUCCUACGUCUAAACGCGCUGGUUCUGUUCGCUGCUCCUUCAAUGAAUUGUCUUUUUUUGUCGUUGUCACCUACUACGAUUGCCAAUCAUCUUGUAAUCGCCACAUACAUGGACACUUUUAUCAUCCAUGGAGAAUA